AUGGCGCUGGUCACCCUGCAGCGGUCCCCGACCCCGAGCGCUGCGUCCACCGCCAGCACCGCAACCACCACGGCGGGGGAGGAUUUUGGGAGUGAAGAUGAACGGCGAACCAAUCAGAGAGUUUCCCAGCUGCUCUGCCCCUCAGAGAGGAAACUGCAGCCAGUGCUUCAGGACCUCCGUGUGGUCGACCUCCACGUGGAAAGCGACUUGCCUCAACACCUGCAGCUGAUGAUCAACAUCCUCCACUCCGAGGACCGCAUCAAACUGCAGAAAGAAUCUAAACUGCCAAGAAGGGAAGUGUUGGUGUUUGACGGCGAUCCUCUAACCUUCAGGCCAUUUAUGAAGGCUUUUGAGCACAACAUCGAGGACAAGACCAAGAGCAACGAGGAUCGACUGUACUUCCUGGAGCAGUAUACGUUCAUCACAUCAUUUAUAUCCUCUGCCAGCAAAAGCUGCUCCAUCGGCCUGGCGCUCCCCCUGUGGAGCGACACCAAGAUCCACCUGGAUGGAGACGGGGGCUUCACUGUGAACACGGCGAGUGGGACUCAAGUCUUCAAGCCGUGUGGUCCGUGUACACUGGACUACGACAGGAAGUGGGCUCUGAUGUGUCAGAGACUUUGGCACCAACCAUUUCCAAGUUCACAGGACCAGGAAGCUGCAGGGUGGAACACCGGCGGCCUUAUUAAAGCCAAACUCAGGAGCAUCAUGACGUGCCAGGACCUGGAGGACGUCACCUGCAAACAGAUCCGCACCGAGCUGGAGGAGGACAACGAGUACAUCGACAACGAGAUGCUGCUGAUCCUGGGCCAGAUGGACAAGGCCACGCUCAUCUUUGACCACGUCUACCUGAGGGCGGGGGGGGGGAUGUCUCCCCGCUGCGAGGAAGCGCUGUCCGAGAAGGGGGCCGCUCUGGAGAUCGACCCCGCCUACAACAACUACUACUUCCGCCGCUCUGACGCGGCGCUGGACAGCGAACCGUCGACGCCAGUACGCGGGCCGCCCCUUCUCGGGAUGGAAACGGUCUUUAUCGAAAUCGAAGCUGUGGAGCGCAACGCUCUGCUGGACGACGAGUCCUUUGAGGGGCGAGAAGGCCCAACGGCCUCGGCCCCCACCGGCUCCCGGCUGCCCGAGCCCUUAGAGGAGCUGCGUCUGAGGCUGGAGUUCAGCACGGUGCAGGAGGAGGAGGAGGAGGAGGAGGUGCUCAUGCAACCAGAUGAUGGAGGGGGUGGAGAGGAAACGCAAAAUGCGGAGGUAGAAGGGGAUUCAGAGGGCAACGGGAUGGACCUGGCAACCCUCAAUGAAAACUCCAACAAUAACAACCACCUGGGCCGACCCCGUGACCUCCCUGAAGAAGCUUCAGUCGAGGCUUCUGAACCUCCGGCUCAACUGGAAGAAGACGUUCCUCCCCUCAACCCGAGAGCUCCAGUCCCUCGGUCCCGUUCCUCUUCUCCAGGCCUCGGCUCUGCAGUGGUUCUGCUGGGCCGCUGUGGGCCUCUGCGUGGCGGUGCCAGCUGUGCUGACCUCCCACCCACAGCUCUCCCUGACAGAGAGCAGCAGCCAGGAGACGCUGAGGAGAGCACAUCUGGAGAGGCGGAGCUCCUGGGGAUGGACCGUGAGGAAGAGAAGCUGGCCGCAGCGCUCUGCUCCGCCCAGCAACAGGAGCAGCUGCUGCCAGCGCAGAGACCCGGGCUGGAGGAGCUCUCUCUGAAGCCUCUGCACACAUGCCACAUGUCCACCGUUCCACACAGAGGCCCUCAGGAGGAGGAGGAGGAAGUGGGCUGUGGGGCGGGGGGCUCUGGGCCCGCCUCCUCGCCUCCUGGCUUCGCCCUGACACGCAGCGACAGCCUGCGCGGCGUGCGGGGGGGGAAGCCCGGCCUCGUGCGCCAGAGGGCGAUGGAGACCCGCAUGCGGCUGGCGGGCCUGACCGUCCGCUCCCGCCUCAAGAGGUCCAACCCGCCUGCCAAGCUGGGCGGCCUCAACUUCCUGUGCUCCGCCUGCUCCUCGAGCCUCCUCAGAGACCGCCAGCAGGCGAAGACACACGGCCUCCUCCCAUGA